AUGUACUUGGUAUACGGACCAGAAUAUCGGGCUAGUGUAGGUUACUUAGGAACUAUUGAAAUGUCGAAACAAAUUUCACUAAGUAUUAAAUUGCAAAUCGUGCCAUCUUGUAUACGCAAAUUGCGUCGAGAAAAACGUCAACCUUUAACUGUGUUAAUGAUUAUACUUCCAGACAGCUUGCAUCUACAGGCGAUCAAUGGUACUGUAUUAGCUACGUAUGCAUCGUCAACGCUAAGCUACGUUAGUUCAUCAUCAGAAAGUGAGAAUCUUUUUUUCGGUUUGGUUACAAGCGCAUUGCAUACAAUUGAAGAUAAUGAUGAACAGGAUAAUGAAGCCCCGACGCUUUCCAGCAGCAUCACAAGUCAUAUAACCAUAUCUAAUAGUUGUCAUGUAUUUGUUGUUGUAGAUACCAGGUUGUGUGAGCAUCAAUUGCACCUGAAGCGAGCUCAAGAUUUUCAUAUAGAAUGCACAAAAGAUCUUAUAUCAGGCUUAUGUUUAGAAUUCCCCAGCAAUUCAGAAUAUGUGGUUAACUUAAUACGAGGUAUGUAUACACCGGCUACACAGCGUUGCAAUCAUUGUGAAAUGUCCAGUACAACUUCGAAUUCGGAUUCAGGAAUAGGCUUUCACAACGACUGUCGCAACAUAUCAGACCGUAUUGUUAUUGUUGAUUUUCCUCAAGUCGACUACCUUCCAAUACGUUCUAUGGCAAUGCACUCUUCACGACCCACGGGCAUAUUUCAGCGUUUAAGCUUGGAACAGCCUAGUCCUCCAGUCGUAUCUACUGAGAAUAAACGCUUGUCUGUACGUGCUUUAGCUGAUGCAGUAUCUAACAUAAUAACAUCUAUUAAUGGUUUCAUGACUACAAGCUUAUGCGAUGAUGUUCUCAGUUUACUUGAAAACGAUGAGACUAUUGCUCCUUCAUAUACAAAUCACCAGCAUGUUUCUGUAGAUGACAUACCGUUAAAUAAUGUUUCGUUGAAUGGCGAAGAACGGAAACUUUUUUUGCAUCCUUCGUCGAUUGAGCGAGAUAGUUCAUAUAUUUUAUCGGAGAACCUUUCGUCCAAUAAAACAAGACCGACUAAGCAAGUGCCGGAUAAAUUAAGUCCGCAAGUUUAUGAUUUAGAGAUCGGUUUCCUCAACGACAAUAUUCUUAAUAACGAUUUGGUCGACAAGCAGAGGAAGCCAAUAUCCGAUAACGGAAAGAGUGAAAAAGAACUAAAUGAAAAUAGCCGAGUUUCAUCGUGGGUUACAUCAUUUGCAAACCUCCUCGAAGAUUCGCUUGGAGUGAAAACUUUUGCCGAAUUCAUGCGAUUAGGAUAUUCUGCCGAGAAUAUAUAUUUUUGGACGGCAUGUGACCGCAUUCGCCACAUUGACAACGAAGCCGAACGUAUAGUUCAAGCAAAAAUAAUAUUUUCUAAACAUUUGUCGGACAUUGCUACAGAACCAGUCAACGUAGACUCUCAAGCAAGGAACGCUGUUGAAAAGAGAGUUCGGCAAUCGGCAGAUGUAGAAGUCUUUGUUAUAGCUCAAAAACAAAUUUUCCGUCGUAUGAAAUACGACAAUUACCUGCGAUUUAUACGCUCCGAUCUAUUUAAGAAAGCUCUACAGGCGCAAGAAAGAGGAGAAUGUCUGCCCAUCGAGAAGGAUAAUUUGGACGAGGUGUUAAAAACAAUUUUUACCUCAGAUGCCUCGACAAAUUUAAAAAAAUCCGCAAGCAACGCCGAAGACCGUCGACGUAAAAGUUUACUGCCUUCGCAUAGCAAAAUGCGUAGAAAGUAAAGAGAUCUCAGCAAAGAAAAUGUUCGCCGACAAGCUUGCCAAAAUUUUGGUUUGACAAGCAAAAAUCGAAGUUCGACUUUCGUUAACGAUUUGCAAGGGUCACGAUCUUCCCUUUCAUCUUUCUUUUUAUCUUACAGCAAUAAUCACAUGAAGAUUGUAUUUGAAAAUCCGUGCAACGUGUUGCGGGUCGUAAAUUUUCUCGACUACGUCCCAUGUAACGCGUUACUUUGA